CCGGCUCUGUGGUGCGGCCGCCAUGGGCGCCGAGCGGGAGGCGCGGGCCUGCGCUGCCUUCUACGGCUCACGGGGCCUCGCCCCCACGGUGCUCUCCUGCCUGCGCUGCCUGCGGCACUUCGCGGGGAGCACUGCCAAGAGAUGCAAAGAGAAGCACCUGGAGGAGGCUCUCCAGCUGACACGGGCGCUGAGCGAGGGUCUGCAGGCGCUGGGGGAGGCAGAGGCACGACCCCUGCUCCGCUGUGUCCUGGCUUUCCAGAUGGAGGCAACCAGCAGCUGCAGCUCCUUCCAGAAACUGGAACAGAUGGUGACCCAGCUGGCAGUGGGGAAGGAAGCCCUGUUGGCCCAGGAGGUGGACACGCUGCUGAGUGGCCUGGCACUGCAGGGAGAGGUGCUGUCUCCUGAGGACCUUCAGUCAGUGUCCAUGUUCCUGGAGGAGAGCAGCCUGGGCCGGCAGCACUGGCGGCAGAACCUGCCCCUGCUGCUGCAGCGCCUGGCCAGCACCCUGCGCUGGGUGCUGCAGGGCCAGCCCACACCUGGCAGCACCUGGGGCUACCUGGUCAUCAAGGCCUGCCUCCAGGUCUUCCAGGUGCUGCCAAAUGAUGUGGCUCCCCUGGUGUGGAGCACAUCAGGAAAGAGUGAGACCCUGCAGAGCCUCUUGGGACUGCUGCUGGAGGUGGCUUGGGGGAAGGCCCUGAACAAGGACACGAGGCUGCUGGCAGGCACAGCCCUGAGCAUGUUGGUGAACACGGCCCCCCAGGCCCAGCAUGGGGCCAGUGCAGUGCUGACCCUGUUCCAGCUCCCCAGCCGAGCAGGCACUGGGGAGCUGAAGUUUGGGGAGCUGGUGGUGGAAGUGCCCCCUGUCCUGGAACCAGAUGGGCUGGAGAAGCUGGUGCUUACCAGAGGUGUGCUGACGUGCUGCAAGACGGACAUCCUCUGCUGCCAGCUGGAGGGCCUCCCCCACGAGGCCUGCCUGCUGCUGGACGUGGUCUUUCCUGCUGUGUGUGCCCUGACCAGGGAGCAGAAGGACUGCCACUACUACUGCUUCCAAGCCUGUGCGCUGUGGCUGCAGCGCCUGCGGGAGGGCCUGGCUGCUCUCUGGCGCCUGACGGGGACCCGCGUCCUGGCCCAGGACACUGAGCUCCUCCAGGAGCUCACCCAGCUGCUGUGGAACAACGCAGAGACCCCGGUGGAAGGUGUGUCUGAGUUCAUCCACAGCUCCUUCCAAUUGCUCCUGGAGAUCUACCACCUGGAAUGCCAGCACUUCCAGGACCAGGAGAGACCCCUCUACCAACAGAUGCUGCAGAGGGUGAUCUCAAUGCCCUGGCAGAUCAAAGCAAGAUAUGUGCCCCUGUGUGCCAUCGUCCCCUACAUGGGCAGCCAGCAGGUGCUGGAUGCCUACCCGGACCUGCCACAGCAUCUCCUGAGCUGCCUCUCCACCAACCACCUGUGUCCCGCUGCGGCCGAGGCCUACAAGGUGCUGGUGCGGCAGCAGUGCAGCGAGUGGCGGGGUGGGCAGCGGGACACAGAGGAGGCCCUGGCAGAGCAGUGGGCGCUGCGCUGGCUCCCCCUGCUCUCCCAGGGCCUCUGCUCUCCCCUGCCCAUCCUGCAGAGCAACAGUGCCAACCACCUCCUCACCUGGACCCUGCGGCAGCUCCCGGCCACCCAGGCCCUGCUGACCGCCCAGUUUGGCGGCCAGGACACGAUGUCACUGCGGGCCUGGGUGUCGGUGCUGAAGGCACAGAAGAGUGUGGCAGGGGCCCUGCCGCUGGGGGAGGAGGCUCUGGAGCGGCUCUGCCGCUGCCUGGGCACCCGCGAGGAGGGUGUUCGGCUGGCGGCGCUGGGCCUGCUCUGCUGCAGCCCCAACACCAACCAGCCCCUCUCGGGCACCGAGGUGCGGCUGCUGCGGGAGUUCCUGCCCCUCAACCUCAACUGCGACUCCUCCUCGUUCCGGCAGCUGCUGCAGGCAGCGGUGAGGAAGGCGCUGGUGCGGCUGCGGGACAGCUCGCUGGCCCAGCUGCGGGGGAAGGCGCCGCGGCGCUCCGGGCCGGCAGAGGGAGCAGAGCAGCUCGCCCAGGCAGUAGGCUUUGUGGAAUGGCUGCUGCAGCUCAGCAUCGCCUCCCUCAGCCCAGGCUCCAACUACCAGAGGAAGAAGACGGCUCUGCUCCUCCUGGCUGCUAUUUUGGAGACCUGCACAGACACCUGGAGCCCUGACAGGAAGAAAGGCCAGCCCCCACGGACCAUGGCCACGCUGCUGAGCUACGCCAGGCAGAGAGGCUGCUGGGACUUCUUCUCCCAGCCCAAUUUGUUGGCACUGCUGAGCUGCCUGCAGGACAGCACUAACGAGAUCAGAGACUUGGCCUCGGAGCUGCUUGUCCGCUACUUGCCUGCCACAUUCCCUGAGCCCAUUGCCCUGGCUCUGUUCCAGCUGGCCCAGGACACCCUGGGCAGCCCCCGAGUGCAGGAGGCUGAAGCUGGAGCUGUGCUGAUGAAGACCAUCCUGCAGAAGUCAGACAGUGGCACCAUGAAGAGCCUGUCCCUGGAGGCUGAGGCAGCCCUGACACUGCCCAGCCAAGGGCUGUGCUUUGCCCAGCACCUGCUGCACGUGCUGCAGGCCCAGUACAAGGUGGCACACCAGGACCUGCUGCGGGCAGCAGCUACCGCGCCGAUGCACGGAGCCAUCGCAGCCCUGCGCAGGUGUCUGCUCCAGGUGCCAGAGGUGGCCGUCUCCAUGCAGGCAGCAGAGUUGGUGCAGAGCUGGCAGGAGCUCCUCACCUGCCUCGUGACCACAGUGAGAGACAUCACCUCCCUCCUCCUGGGGGCUCUGCAGAGCCAGCAAGGCCCUGGUGCUGAUGAGCAAGCUGCUGCCCCAUCAUUUGCAGAGAUGGGCAAUGCCAUUGGCUCCCUCAUCAUGCUGGGGAAGGGCCAGGGACAAGAGGAAGAGGAGGGUGACUCAGUCCUGCUGUCAGAGGAGCACAGCCUGAUCCUGACGUGCUGCUGGGUGUCAGUGAAGGAGAUUGGGCUGCUCCUGGGGGGCCUGGCUGAGCUGCUGCUAUCCCCAGCACUGCCUGCUGAAGUGGGGCCCCUCCUGCCACUCCCCACCCUGCAGAUGGCCACCAGGGUGUUCCAGGAAAUCCUGCUGCGGUGCCGGCACUGGGGAGCAGUGGAGGGCUGCAGCAUGGGCUUCACCAAGUUCUGUGCUGCACUGCUGAAGCACCCAGAUCCGGAGCUGCAGGCCAUCCCACGGGCUGUGCUGGAGCAGGGCUUGGAAGCACUGGGUGGGCCCCGGAGCAGCUCGAUCACGCGCCGUGCUGCCGGCUUCCCCAUGCUCUUCCUGUGCAUCGUCAGCGGGGAGGCCCCGGCGCAGGCACGGCCCCUCCUGACCCGCUGCAUCCAGACCCUGCUGAGCCUGGCUGCCACGGCACUGCCCCAGGACUGGGACCAGACCCUCGACCUCCCGCAGGUGUGUGCCCUCCACGUGCUGCAGACGCUGGUCCGCGGGGCGGGGCUGGGCGGGGCAGUGCUGUGCCACGCCACUCCCAUGAUGGCCCUGGCACUGCGGGGCCUGGGCUCGCCCUGCUGGGCCAUGAGGAACGCGGCCAUCCAGCUCUUCAGUGCCCUCACAUCCCGGCUGCUGGGACAGCCAUGGAGCCACAGGGACGGCUGCCCAUCAGAGGGGCUGAGCCUGCACGCCUUCCUCGGGCAGCACCCAAAGCUGGGCACUGUGCUGCUCGGAGAGCUCAAAGUGGCCACAGCACCAACAUCAGGGGGGCCCCGCCUGCACCCUGCACUCCAUGCCAUCCUCACCCUCUUGGCCCAGCUGCAGCCUGGCGCUGACAUUGCUGGCAGUCCCUCUGCUCCCUUCCUGGAGCCACUGCUGGGGCUGGCAGAGAGCCCCAUCUACGCCGUACGAGCGAUGGCUGCCAAGGCUCUGGUGCCCGUUGUGGCCCCUCCCCAGCGCUGCAGGCUCCUCCUGCAGCUGGCCCGGCAGCUCCCUGCAGCACCCGGGCAGAUCCGCUCGCACAACGCCGUCCAUGGGCACCUGCUGCAGAUGCAGGCACUGCUGGGCUGUGCCAGGGGCACCGGGGGGCUGUCGGCCGAGGCGCUGCACCCCGUGGCUCUGCAGCUGGAGGCACGGGGCUGGCUGCUCACCCCUGCCCAGCGCUGCCCCCUCGUCCGCGCUGCCUUCCUCCAGGUCCUCGCCCUCCUGCCCGCAUCCUUCAGCCCUGGCUUCGCCCAGUACAUCCAUGACACCAUCAGCACCGAGCUGGGCAGCCUCCUGCAGGGGGGAAGAUCAGGCUGUGCCGAGCCACAGGUGGGCUCAGCCAUCCUCCACCAAACCAUGGCCCACUUUGUGUGCAGCGAGGCAGCCCGGCUGGCAGACAGUGAGCGCAUUGCUGCUGUCUGCUCACUCCUACAGCAGCCAAACCCCGACAUCCAGCUUGCCAUCCUGAGCUGGGUGAUUGCUGGGGAGGGAGGAUCGUGCAAAGAGGUGGAGAACGCUCUUGGGCUGACAUUGCUGGAGAGCUUGCAGUCGGUGCUGCAACAGAGAAGGGACAAAGAGUUCCUGAGAUUGUACCUUGAGGCUUUGCUGCAUCUUUACAGAGAUCCCUCAUCAUGGUCCCAGGAAGCUUCCAGUAAGCUCCAGGGCUCCUCAAGAUCAUGCCUGGAGAUGCUGCUGCACAUGGUGGAGGCUGAGUGUCCUGGGCCUGAUCUCCUGUUCCAGGCACUGUGUGCUGCCAGCCUGCUGCUUGCCCACCAGUGUGGGGACGAGGACGUUGUGCUGGUGGAGCGCUGGUGUGCGGCGCUGGAGGAAUGCAGCCGCUCCGCCUGCUCCGAGCUGCUGCGGCUGGCGGCCGCCCGCUCCCUGCAGCUGGCAGGGCCCAGGAUGGUGCAACCAUCCCUGCGUGGUUCCUGCUCCCUGCAGCUGGCAGGGCCCAGGAUGGUGCAACCAUCCCUGCGUGGUUCCUGCUCCCUGCAGCUGGCAGGGCACAGGAUGGUGCAACCAUCCCUGCGUGGUUCCUGCUCCCUGCAGCUGGCAGGGCACAGGAUGGUGCAACCAUCCCUGCGUGGUUCCUGCUCCCUGCAGCUGGCAGGGCCCAGCGUGCUGCAGCCAUCCCUGCAUGCUGCCCGUCCUUCACUCAUCCCCGUGGCUCUGAGGCUGAUAAACAUGGCCAUUCACCUUCUGCAAGAUGAGGAGCGGGAGGUCCGGCACGAGGCCUCAGGUUUCGCCAGCCUCCUGCGGCAGAGCCCAGAGGAGCUGCUCCAAGAUGGCUGCAUCUUUGUGCAGGACAAUGUGGGGCUCCAGAGCCUCCUAGAGCUCCUUCUGGGAGAGUUCGGGGAGCACCCUGAGACCUUCAACUCACUACUUCAACACAUCCCCAUCUUAGAUCUCAGGAGUGUUGUGGAGGAGCUGGAGGCCAACAAAGCUGCCAGCCUGUACAAGGAGGAUGAACCCAACGUUUUUGCAGAGCCAGCUGUCCUGGCACAGCAGCUGCUCCCUGUCCUGGUGCAGCUCCUGGAGAAGGCUCCCACUGGCAGCCCAGUCCAUGCCUCAGCUCUGCGGUGGCUGGAAGCCACAGGCCCCGGUGUGCUGAGGGACCUGCAAUACUGCAAACACUGCUGGAGCCAAGGUCCUGCUGCCUGCUGGGGGAUGAAGGCGCUGGGCUGUGCCAAACUCCACACAGCCCUGGCCGUGCUGCUGGUGAGGGCCCAGCUGGUGGCACAGGUGCUGCAGGUGCUGGGGGAAGGUGCCACCACCAUGCCAGGCCUGGGCUGUGGCUCCCAGGAGUUGGAGCAGGAGCUGGAGCUGGUACAGGGGCUGCUGGUGCAGCAUGGGCUGGCUCCUGUGCCAAAGCAGGACAAUGCACCAGGAGAGCUGGGACCACUGUCAGGGACUGACAGCUCCAGGAAUGCAGCAGUGUGACACGAAAUCCUGCAGCCAUCUCCCUCCAUUUCAAUGCUUUCUCUGACCAGCAGCCAGGCCUGCAGGUUUGGUGGUGUAACUCAGGGGAACCCCACUCACAGUGUGGGACACACUCACUUUUGUUCCCAGUUUCUGACUCUGCAACUCAGGACUCCAGUACAGCAUUGCCUUGGCCCAUGUCCAUGGCUUCCUUGCCCUCAACUCUGGCUGGCAGGAGGGGACCUGUGCUCCAGAACUCUCACACCCCCUUAUGCUCAACUCCCACCACCUGUUUUUUUAACCAGCACUUUGGUCCUUGGCCGACUUGGGCUUUUAUCCCAAAUAAAGAGGCCAAGAACAUU